GAUCCCGGCGUUAGUGUUAGUUGGGGGCCGGGAGGGCAGUCCUCGGCACCGCCGCGCCAGCCCCUCGCCCCGGCACGGUGCCCGCCCGCUCGCCCGCCCGCCGGGAACACAUCCCCGGCCGCUGAGGGAUACUGCGACCGGGGACAAGCCAGGUGCACGACCGGGUUGGGUGGGGGGGGGGGCGGGGGGGGAGAGAGGAAAAAAAGAGAGGGGGAGAGGAAGCCCUUCGCGGUGGCUCCGGGAAAGCCGGCUUCAGCCCCCUUUCCCCCGGCGAAGAGGGAAAACCCGCCCCGGUUAGCGGCUCCCCCAGGGGCCCCGGCUUUGUGCCUGCCUGUGCCCCCCCACCCCCUCCCGGUCUUAUUUGAUCUCCCGUUAAACCAAGGAGGAGAAUGUGAAAAAAAGGGGGAAAAUGCCCAGGAGGAAGCAGGAGCAGCCCAAGCGCCUCUCUUCACAUGGUACCAGACAGGAAGAAGCGGAAGGUGAGCUCAGUGAAGAAGAACGCUGGUUUGGAAACUCUUCAGAAACCCCUUCGGAAGCAUCCUAUGGGGAAGUGCAGGAGAACUUUAAGUUGUCUCUUGAGGACAGAAUCCAGGAACAGGCUGCUUCCCCGGAUACUUCUUUGGGAAGUGCAACUCCUAGUAGCAACACAGCAGAGCUAGGAUCCGUUGAAAAUGAGCCCCCAAGAGACACGUUACAGAGCAAAGAGCACCUUUCUCCUGAUGUGCCAUCUCUCUGUGAUGAAGAACCUCCCGGUCCAAAUAAGCCACUGAGCAGUAACCUGAGGCGGCUGCUGGAGGCUGGCUCCCUCAAGCUGGAUGCUGCUGUUGCAGUCAAUGGCAGAGUCGAGUCUCCUGUAAAUCUUGGCUCAAAUGCCUCCUUCUCUCCACCUGCUGCUCAGCAUGCCCAGCAGCUAAGUGUUCUUGCCAGAAAGCUUGCUGUGAAACAGGAACAAAGUGACCAAUACAAUGCAAGUAGUCACUUUAUAUGGAAUCAAGGUAAGUGGUUGCCAAACUCAACCACUACCUGUGGUUUGUCCCCUGAUUCAGCUAUCCUGAAACUGAAAGCUGCAGCCAAUGCUGUUCUGCAGGACAAAUCUCUUUCAAGAACUGAAGACACAGUAAGAUUUGAGUCUUUUUCUUCACCUUUUAGUUCUCAGUCAGCCAGCUCCACAUUAGCAGCUUUAUCUAAGAAAGUGAGUGAAAGAAGCAUGACUCCUGGGCAGGAGCACCCACCUCCAGCUAGUUCUUUCCUUUCUCUGGCUUCCAUGACCUCUUCAGCUGCUCUUCUCAAGGAGGUUGCUGCAAGGGCUGCAGGCACCCUGUUGGCUGAGAAGAAGAAAUCACUGGUGGCUGAGGAGCCCCUGCAGCUUUCAGAGAUAAAGCAAGAGAAAGCGACUCCACCACAGUCCUUGGAGUUACUGUUACUGCCAGUCCCUAAGGGAAGAGCAUCCAAACCCACGAGUACAGCCUCAGAAGAAGAAGGAGGAAAACCUUUCCAGUGUCCAAUCUGCGGUUUGGUUAUCAAGAGGAAGAGUUACUGGAAACGGCACAUGGUGAUUCACACAGGUUUGAAAAGUCAUCAGUGUCCACUCUGUCCGUUUCGCUGUGCACGCAAGGACAAUCUCAAAUCACACAUGAAGGUUCAUCAGCACCAAGACAGGGGUGAGACCUUUCAGUGCCAGCUAUGCCCUUUUACCUCCUCCCGCCACUUCAGCCUGAAACUCCACAUGCGCUGCCAUCAACAUUUCCUUAGGACAGAAUCCAAAGUGAAGGAGGAAGUACCAGAAACUGAGGUGAAAGGGUCCCCGCAGCUAAACAGUGACUCCUGCCCAGGACCACAGAAGGAAGGAGCUGGACCUGACCUUGUGGGAUCAGCAUCUGCGUCUAGCACACCAGAUGUGGCUGGGCAGCCUAGUGGAGGUGUUCCACCCUUACUAGUGAAAGAAGAGCCCAAAGAUGACAAUGGCGUCUCCGCUGCACCUUUUGCUCUUAGCACUGUUGACAGACCUCCCAACAACACACAGCCGAAAGACUACUCUGACUUUGUGGCCAAUACAGCAUCAGCACUAUUCAGCCAAGACAUCUCUGUCAAAAUGGCAUCAGAUUUCCUUAUGAAGCUGUCAGCUGCAAAUCAAAAAGAGCCCUUGACUCCUAAAUUUAAAGUGAAAGAGGAGCCUAAAGAUGAAGAAGUUGCAAGCUUAGCCUUGCCUCAUUCCAGCUAUGUGUUCAGCCAGGAACCUGAAGCCCCAGCGCCAAACGUCCCUGAGGAGAAACUCAAGCCACAGGAAGCACAGGCGAAUGUGAUGAGGCCAGACACGUCAGUCAAGGCAGCAUCUGAGCUCCUCAUGAAGCUCUCAGCUGAGAGCUACAAGGAGAGCCAGAUGGUAAAGAUAAAGGAGGAGCCAAUGGAAGUUGACAUUCAGGAGUCGCAGGCCUCCGUGUCACCCAGCCAACCCAGCCCAAAUGUUGGCUACAGCACUUUACUAGGGCGAGACAUUAGUGAACACAUGCAGAAGGCACCGGAAGGUCGUGUGGUCCCAGAAAGAAAUCUGUUCAGCCAAGAUAUAUCGGUGAAGAUGGCAUCUGAGCUGCUCUUCCAGUUAUCAGAAAAGGUGAGCAAAGAGCACAACCACAAUAAAGACAACACCCUCAGAACCACAGCCAGCCCUUUCUUUUCUGAAGACACAUUUAGACAAUCACCAUUCACUUCCAACUCUAAAGAUCUCCUGCCUAAUGAAGCUACUCUUCAUGGAAGGACGCCUGCACCAGAAACAGAAAAGCUGGGGCUGGAGGUGGGAAAUGGAUUGCCAUCCUGGACACUCAACGACCAGCUCUUUCCCUGCGACGUGUGUGGAAAAGUGUUUGGGCGACAGCAGACUCUGUCUCGGCAUCUCUCGCUGCACACAGAAGAGAGAAAGUACAAAUGCCAUUUGUGCCCCUACGCUGCUAAGUGCCGUGCUAACCUGAACCAGCACCUGACAGUGCACUCCGUGAAGCUGGCGAGCACAGACACUGAGGACAUCGUCAGCGCUAUCACGGCUGAAGGCAGCGAUGGAAAGAAGCACCCCUACUACUACAGCUGCCACGUGUGUGGGUUUGAGACGGAGAUGAACGCUCAGUUUGUCAGCCACAUGUCCCUGCACGCGGACAAGGAGCAGUGGAUGUUCUCCAUUUGCUGCACAGCCUGCGACUUCGUCACUAUGGAGGAGGCAGACAUGAAGGCUCAUGUCAACAGCAAGCACACAGCUGAAGAGAGGAAGACACCCAGUGAAUCCAACAGUCCAUCUUCAUCUUCACUGUCAGCACUGAGUGACUCUGCCAACAGCAAAGAAGAUGCAGAUAUAACUCCAAACCCCAAGGGUUCAAACAACCUGCUAGUCAUUUCUGUAGUGCCUGGUAGUCAGACCCCAGUGAACACUGAGGAGAAGUCAGAGAAAGGCUUUGAAUGUGUUUUCUGUAACUUUGUCUGCAAAACAAAAAACAUGUUUGAGCGCCAUCUGCAAAUCCACCUGAUCACACGGAUGUUCGAGUGUGAUGUGUGCCACAAGUUCAUGAAGACACCUGAGCAGUUACUGGAGCACAAGAAGUGCCACACUGUCCCCACUGGUGGGCUCAAGUGCCCAUUCUGCAUCUACUCCACUAACCGCCCUGCAGCGAUGGAGUGCCACCUGAGGACUCACUACAAGAUGGAGUACAAGUGUCGGAUCUGCCAGACAGUGAAAGCAAACCAGCUGGAGCUGGAGAUGCACAUCCGAGAGCACCGCCUGGGUAACCAUUACAAAUGUGACCAGUGUGGCUACCUGUCCAAGACGGCCAACAAGCUGACGGAGCACGUGCGCGUGCACACCGGCGAGCGCCCCUUCCACUGUGACCAGUGCGGCUACAGCUGCAAGCGCAAAGACAAUCUCAACUUGCACAAGAAACUGAAGCAUGCUCCACGCCAGACCUUCAGCUGCGACGAGUGCCUGUUCAAGACUACCCACCCCUUCGUCUUCAGCCGCCACAUGAAGAAGCAUCAGGCUGGGGACGGCUCUGAAGAGAAGAAAGGCCAGUAUUCCACCUCCAAGGAAGCCAGUCCGCUCCUACCAGUUAACAGCUCCAGGAACCUCCUGUCGCCCCUCUCAGUUAUGUCUGCCUCCCAGGCUCUGCAAACAGUGGCUAUGUCAGCUGCGCAGGGCAGUGGGGCAGAGCCAAACUUGGCAGUGAAAGCCUUGGCCAUUAAUGGCUCUUCCCUGUGCUUUGAUAAGUACUGGAACUCAGACUUUGCCCACCUUAUUCCUUUAACGAUGUUUUUCCCCAAAAACCACUACGAUCUCACAUUCCAUCCUCCCAGACCUCAGACUGUACCGGGAGGUGCCUCUUCACCUAAACACUCCUUCCUUGCCUAUCUUGGACUAACAGAAAGGGCAGAAACUGUCUGAAGGCAGUUAGAUUCUGUACCAAAAAUCCCCAGCCACCCCAGCAGGUACACAUUGCUGCAGAACCUAGCCCGAAGAGGUAACGAACCCUUGUACUAUAGCAGUAGUAAGGUUAGACAUCGGCUCUCUGUGUAUACCUAUUGCAUUGACAUGAAAGCUGCUUUAUUAAAUCUUGGAGAGGUGACAUACCGCAUACUUCUACCUUCAGAAGCAUGUUCCCAGUACUCUUAUCUAAGAAACUAUUUUGUCUUGUUAAGCUGAAAAAGAGUGUCCUUAAUGGCAAUCAGCACUUGUAAGAUGACAUAGACGCAUUUUAGCGGGGGGCUGCGCGUGCACGCGGGUGCGUGAGCGAGCCUGCCUGCAGCGUGCCAUGACAUUGCUUUUGCACAUCCCUGUCCUGGCUUCAGUAACUGGGAUUCUUUUCCCUCCUCACACUCCUGCUCCCUCCCUGCCACCCAGUGCCCCCUGACCUGCAGAGCUGUGGAAGGGGCGGUGCUCGAUGCAGAGAGGAUGCUAUAAUCUUUCCGUGCUGUUUGCAGCUUCCUUUAGUUGUUUGGCUCCUUGUACGCACUUGUCAAGGUUGGAGGAUUUAGGGUAGAACCAAUGAGGAAAAAAGUUGCUUACCAGCACUGCAGGAUGAGAGCCUGACAAUAAAGAGUGUGUGUGGGUAGACACGAGUGCAGUGUGUGCAGUCCGCACAGCCACACAGGAGGCCCAGCUCCUCACUGUUACACAGGUGUCACAAACACCUGCCUCUGGGCCACAGCAAACAUCUUUUGUUUUAAAAGGGCAUAUAAAUAUUUUAUAUAUAUAUAUCUAUACUGUAUUAUUAUGCAGUGGUUACCUUUUAGUUUGCAGGAACAACUUGUAUAACUAGAAUUCUAUGGUGGAAAAAAGAAUCCAACAAGGGGAUUAAAAACAAAAAAGGGGUGUGGAUAAAUUCUGGGUAUAAAUACUCAGACUAAAAAAAAAACAAGGCAGUUUUGCACAGUGCUUUGGUCUUGCACUAGUUUGUUUCUCACUUGCAAAAAAGGCAAAUUAAAAAUUAAUCUGUGGGCUGAAGGUAAGACGACUGUUUGUUUGAAAAGGUACCAGUAACAACUUUGACAUACCAAGCUGUAAGAAGCUGCUGUUUGAGCAACACAGUCCUCUGUUAGAUCCUCAGUAUUUUAACUGUACUUGCAAAUUCUAGGGUCCUAUUGAUCCCCUCCCUGUUCUUGGUAUACUUCAUUCCCUUCUCUCCGGGGCAGACAGAGAGUACCCUGCUAGGAAGCUAACUUUAUACUUACUUAACACUCCUAUUCAUGGUCAUUAAAAAUGACAAGUUCUGUGUAGCAGUUCACUGCAGGAAGCAGCAAAUGCAGAGCGGUUUGUAUAACCUUUGUUAAGCUCCAAAUGCCAAGAGUAUCUUCUUUUAAGGCAAGCUAACCCACUGGUAAUUGAUUUGUUUCUUGGACAGCUUAAUAGCCAGGAAGAAAGAUCACAACUGAAAAUACCCUGCAUUAAAAUGGGAAGCAUAACAUAUGAACCAUUUCAGACUCAUGACAGGAAUGUUUUCCAUAGUGUCUUCUGGAUCUCACCAUCUUUCACCAGGUAUUAGAAAUGUCUGACCUAGCUUUUGUUAGAGAUGCCUCUCUGCCCCUUGGCUAAGCUUCUCUAGGAGGUGCCCCAUGUCACGUCUAAUGUGCUAUUCACACGCUCACCUGCUGUCCUGAAGGAGUUUCUUCUGCGGGUUGUUGUGGGAUGGGGAGGACUUGACAGCCCAGUUGGAGUCAACCCCUUGUGUUCAUGGCAGCAUGGAAGCAAUGCCCCAGUUCAGGAAGACAUUUCUGGUCCGCAAGGGCUCUUAGCCAUAGGCACAACUAGAAACACAACUCAAUCUUUGUUAAGGUUUAAAAGAAGCUUGUGUAGAAAUACUCCUUCUGAUGCAAAACUUGCAUCACUUAGCCUAUUGCAAGAUGCUACAUUUGCUUUGCACUGAGAUGGUCAAAUGUUCUCCACUGUCAGGACCAAACUCUUCCUGUGCAGGGAGGACAUCUGUGCUCUCCUGUUAACAAACUGGAAGCUAUUUACAGGGGGAAGACACCCAGACUGGUAGCAGGUUGCCAGUGGGGUUAUUGCCUAGAGGCCAGAGAAGGCCCAACAUUUCAUUUACAUUCCAGCAGACAGCGUUGGUUCGAAGGAGCAUGCACCAGCUCUGUCUGUCUACGCAGUCCAGAAAAGCCAUCUGGUUCCCAAGCACCUACCAACCGCUGCAGAUGACCUAGAUAACUCAGGGCCCUGUUUGCCAUGCUUUACUCCAUCAGAACUCCUAGUAACACACUCCUCUGGAGUACAGACAAGGUAGGAAAAAAAUAGCAGCGUGAAAAACACAUCCAGGAGCUACUCCACUUCCUUAAAACACACUUAAUGCAUGUCUCUGGCCACACUAUAGAUGACCAAACACUUCCAAAUCAUACUUUGCAAACCAGUAGGUAAAGCACAGCUGUCUGGGAGGAAGCAGUAGGAUUGUUAAUGGGACACUUGCUCUAAACCAAAUGACAGUUUAAAUAGGGCUGGAAUGUCCAAGAAGGAGCUGCUAGCACGUGAACACCACAUGUUGGACAAGGUUCCACCGUACCAGUGUGUGGCAGAGGAAUGGUUGCUGUACCUGGCAAUUGGUGUAGCACUUUGGAAAGGGCAAACAAAUCCUUCCUGGCAGGUUACAGAAGUACUCUCUGUAAGGAAAGGUGUGUUAGGAGGGGUUAUUUUUUUAAGGAGGAAGCCCACAGUGUUUAUCAGAGCUUGUGCACAUUGAAACCAUUGGCUUGCAGUUCAAGGCUAAAGAAAGGAAUGUUCUGCAGAGGCUCCCCAGCCACCGGUGACCAACAGCUCUGAUGAUUCCCCCCACCAUGGAGGUGAUGUCAUACUGGUUCUCACUAUGCAUCGAUUAACUAAGCUGGCGUCUUUCUCCAUUCAGUAAUUCAGUUACAACUCUCAGCACUUUUUUCUUCCUUCUCUCUCCCUCUCUCUUUUGUUUUGUUUUUCUUUUUUUUAUGUGCUGUAUUUUGUUCAGAUCUCAUCUGUCAAGGUUUGUGUACAUUAAUAAAACUUUGUAUUGUAUAAAGCUUUUUGCAUUAUAAGGCUGUACAGGGUCAUUUUGACAGUAACUGGUAUAUUCCUUUGCAUCUUACGUUGCAUUGCCAAUUUCUAGUGUAUCCAGUUUGGAAGUACAAUAUACUCUAAUUAAAAAGGUUGGCUAUA